AGGGGAGCAAAAAGAGAGAGAGGAGGGGAGAGGGAUGGAGGGGGGAGAGGGAGAGGAGGAGGAGGGAGGGGAAAACCUGGCUCUGGCGGAAGCCCGCACACCAAGGCAGCCUCGGCACCAGCUGAGUUUCCCAAAAGGCAUUCAGAUUCUGUGAACUUUCUAGGCAUCCUCUCUCAGAUUUCCCUUCAGCAUAAAAGAAGGGGCACAGGGACCACAGGACAGGAAAAUGCAGAAGAUGCUGGCCUGGGAUCCAGGAGACAUGGAAGAGGAGAGUCGGGGGAGGGGAAGAGCCGGCUAGGCAAUCUGUUCGGAAGCUAGCAAGCAAAGAAGCGGGGGAUUCCAGCAUGAGGGAGGCAGAGCCGUUGUCUGCCGCAGAUUGAUGUCUGUGUCCUUGGAACAGAAGUGAAUUCCAUCCUCUGCCUGCUGAGUGUCCAGCUAUCCUGAGCAUGGUGACAGCUUGAAGACACUGAGAAUGCUUUUUUAACUUUCCCUACCUGUGCCUCCAGACUCAUGGCUUUUUCCAGAUUCAGUGGCUCAGACAGUGGGCAUCACUUGGGACUCACCCCUCUUUGGGAAGCAAAGGGCACUCCUUGGGACUCCAGAGGCCACUGAGGCUGCACAGUCAGGCUUUCAAGAGGUCCAUGGGAACACACUUCUUCCAGGCUCCUUCCUAAGUCUCUGGCCCUAGGUCUUUUGUGAACUCAUGCCCACUGGGCCACCAGGAGAAAUGACCUCUGAGACCUUGAAUUCUGGAGAUUCAAGUGCCGUUCUGACUUCCUAAUCAACCCCAGACCUAGGACAGGGCUUAGGUUUUCUUAGAAGAAGUGCCAGGACCUUUAAAGGGCACCUUUCAUCUCCCUCACAUCCUUCCCUCCUCCCAGACACAGCACCAAGAGGAAGCACCCAGCAGGCAUGGGUGACCUGCAGGGACCGGUCCAGGACCUGCUGACAGCUGCUCCAGCUCCAUCCUUGCUCCCUUCCUUUCUUAAGCUUUGAUCAUCCUUUCAGACCCUAGGCUAUCUCAACUGGGUCCUUGCUCCCCAGGAUCCACAAAGGAACAUCCUGUGGGUCUUAGGAAGUCCUUGGGGGCUUAGAGGCUCCCAAGCAAGUGUUGAGCCAUGAUAGCAAGCUCUCAGUAGCCCCGCCUUCUAGACUCAGGCCUCUAAUGUAGCAGCCUCCCUGUACCUUGACUGCUGGACCUAGGGACACAGCUCUCAUGGACUCCCUACAGCGCUGCUGCUGCCAGCUGCCAACGAUGGGUGACAGCUGGGUACAGCUUCCCUGGCCCGGGCCUCCCUACCCAGCCUUGUUGCUGGUCUUCUUCCUCUUGGCAGCUGGUGUGAUGCACUCUGAAGCAGGUACCAGCUGCCCAGUCCUCUGUACAUGCCGUAACCAAGUAGUGGACUGCAGCAACCAGCGGCUGUUCUCCGUACCCCCAGACCUGCCGAUGGACACCCGCAACCUCAGCCUGGCCCACAACCGCAUCGCCGCGGUGCCGCCGGGCUAUCUCACAUGCUACAUGGAGCUCCGCGUGCUGGAUCUGCGGAACAACUCUUUGAUGGAGCUGCCGCCUGGCCUGUUCCUCCAUGCCAAGCGCCUGGUACACCUGGAUCUGAGCUUCAACAACCUCAGCCACGUGCCAGCUGACAUGUUCCGGGAGGCUCGCGGCCUGGUACACAUCGACCUGAGCCACAAUCCCUGGCUGCGGAGGGUGCACCCCCAGGCCUUCCAGGGCCUCGUGCACCUCAGAGACCUGGACCUCAGCUACGGCGGCCUGGCUUUCCUGAGCCUUGAAGCCCUCGAAGGCCUCCCAGGGCUGGUGACCCUGCAGAUCGGGGGUAACCCGUGGGUGUGCGGCUGCACCAUGGAGCCGUUGCUGAAAUGGCUGCGGAACAGGAUACAGCGCUGCACAGCGGAUUCUCAGCUGGCGGAGUGUCGGGGCCCCCCUGAAGUUGAGGGUGCCCCCCUCUUUUCACUCACUGAAGAGAGCUUCAAGGCCUGCCACCUGACUCUGACCCUGGAUGAUUACCUGUUCAUCGCGUUUGUGGGCUUUGUGGUCUCCAUCGCCUCUGUGGCCACCAACUUCCUCCUGGGCAUCACAGCCAACUGCUGUCACCGCUGGAGCAAGGCCAGUGAAGAAGAAGAGAUUUGACACAGGUGCCUCUUGUCCCUCCGUGCUGCUACUGCUGCUGCUGACCACUGGACACCUUGGCUCACAGUGCCCUGGCCACCUCCAGAAUGGCUCAAACAAAGUUGGAAAGCCAGCUUUGUAUGAGCAGCUAUCCACACUGGGCCAGGCACUGUGCUAGCAACUGGGAAGGAAAGACAGAUCCAACCCUGCCCUUAAGGUACUUCCUUCUAGUAAAGGAAAGCAAUUCCAAACCAUCCUUUUAUGAAAAAAUGCCAGUGCUCUGAGCACAGAGCUAAGGAAGCCAAGCAGAGGCUCCAUCACCUGUGCCUCACAGGAAGAAUUUCAGGAGUGAUCUGCUAAAUAGAGAGGGCAGGGUGGGCCCAGCAAAUGACAGGACAUCAGUGUUCAGGGUCUGCCGAGGGUGGCAGGCCUGUGGUCUAAGUGCAGAGAGGAGGUGUAUGCAGAGGCAAAGCUGUCCCUCUGACACCCAACUUUUCAGUCCCCACUGCUGCUUGCCACUGCCCUCCAGGAGUGAGAUGGCCUCCAUGCUGGCUCCCUGACCUCCUCCCCACCAGCAGCUUUGGGGUGAAACAACCUCCCAGUGACUUCCCUAUACUGCCACCAACUGCAGCCUGAUUGUGGGGUCCCAGACAACAGGCUGAAAGUAAUCACCCUCAGCACCCUUCCUUUUGUCCCCAUCUCUGCCUCCAACUCAAGCCUUGUCUUUGAAGGGAAGGCUCAGCCCCACAGUGAGGCAGCAAAAGUCUUGGCACCGUGGGACCCCAAUUUAUGUGACUGUUCUUUCCAUGGUGCUUACACCAAAGGAAUUCACCAGGAAAGCACACUAUAGGACACAGAUCCUAGCAUGACAGUACCCAGGGCAAGAGGACAAAGCCACCACAUUCGCAAUCACAGGAUGGUGUGUCUUUUCUUCUAAGCAAGACAUCUGAGCAUAAAGAACCAUUAACCCCUGAUUCUCGCUAGCAUCAGGCAGAGUGAUAAGCUUCCUCCUCAACAAUUUCCUUUCACUCAUACAACAGCCCUCUCAGGAGGCUUUAUUGUUCCCAUUUUGCAGAUGAGGUCAUCAGGCUCAGAGAAGAUAAGGUAGCACGCUAUGUCACACUGAAAAUAAAAUCAGUAUUCUUCAUCACAAUUCUUUCUAAAGCUAUAUAAAUUAAAAUUCAAGCCAUGCUAAUGGCAUUGCUGAGCAGGACCAGGCACUCCUCUGGGCCUGGUUAUAUUCUGAUUCAUCUCUUCCCAUUCUCACUGCCAGGUAGUUUUUAUUGUCCCCACUUUUCAGUUGAAUUCAUUUGUUGAGAGCUGGGCUGCUUAUCCAAGUUAUCUAUAUAAGCAAAGAAUGUGACAGGUGACCCCACUGAGGAGGUCUGUAUCUAAUCAGUCAGAAAUUAAGGACUCUCUUGGAAACAGGAUGAUCAGCCUGUUUGCUAUCAUCAUCUUCCUCAUCCAUGUCAUCUGCUUCAUCACAAUCUUCCCUGUCUCCGUGGGCACUAGAAAGCCCAGGAAGCUUCUUACCUAUUCCUCCCCUUGGCUUCUCACAACUCUGUGUGGGAAACAAGUCAAAACGCUGUUUUACAGGUGGGAGAGUAGAGGGUCAAAAUUGGGUAUGACUUCAGACUAAGGCUGGACUCAGUUCUGCCAUGAUUCACUAUCCAGUGUUUCCUCGGGCACUUGGCAAAAGAUAAUGUUCUGGAAGCCUGCGAGGCAGGACUCUAGAAUUCAGCACUCAUUAUAACAAUAACAAUCACAAAAAUCAAUAAAAGUUAGUAAGGCCCAGCUGUGCCCAGACUGCUCACAGUGGGGCAACGCCAGCCUCUAAAACAUUGAAGUACCCCAAGGGACAUCUAAACAGAAGUCACCAUCCGAACAGUAUAUGAGCUCAUCUUUAGAACUGGUGGCUCUAAUGGCUGACAUUUCUAAUCAGGUCUUUAGAAAACCUGAGAUGUAGUCCUACUGUGUGGUGUCGCAAGAGAAAUGAAUGGAUCUGAGAAAAUGAUGGGAGAGAACCUCUGUAGGGGCUGGGGAGACCCAUGCAGGCAUGCCCAGUCUUGUUGGCAAGGCUGGCCUGAACUAAAAUAAUAACAAGAGCUUUCUAUCUUGGCUCUAACCCUAGUAAGCAUCCAUCAUCCAUUCCCCCAGGCAGCGCUAAGAUGCAUGAAGGAGGAGGAGAAUAUGUCAUCAUCCAACAUGUCUGCAUUCAUCUAGUCAACCAAAAGAGGCCCCAGAAGCGUUCUCCCUUACUCUUGCUUAUACUGCCUAAGCCAGAGCUCUGCUCCUGUGACAUAAAACCAUGCCCUGCUUGCCCUGGCCACUCAACUGUGGCCAGCAAUGGUGGACUCCAACUUUUCCACCAUCUGAGCUUAUUGCCUAAAGUGUUUUGGAAAAGAGCUUUUAGAAAUAGCAUUCCUGAUAACCACCAUUUAACUUUCCAUAGAGUGACACCAUGUUCACGUAUAGUACUCUCUGGACGCUGCUGUUUGCUGAAUUACAGUUAACAUUUUAUGAUAUCCUUCUCUGUUUUGCAUAGAAGUAGAACCAGAUAAGACACUAAAUGCCCCUUGUGAUCAAGCAUCCUUUUGAGUGGCAAAAUUUGAUCUCCAUUAAUGGCAAAGACUUCUAAGCAAGAUAUAUUAAGAAAAUGUUUCUCUAGCUUCUAGAAGGUCCCCAAUUAACUAAGGCACAAGAAGAGAGACAUUCAGCCUCCAUACUGACAUGGAAUUCUAUGACCACCACCAUCCUGUUCAGGCUGUCAGAAAUGAUCUAAUAAUCCUUGUUGCAAAUGUCUCUGCAUAUCCUGGUGACCACAAACCCAUUAUAGUGUUCUCAUGAGGUUUUGUUCCAUUUCUUUCACACUGGCUAAUGUGUUUAUGAGGGAGCAAUUGUUUGUCCCAUAUGUGUAUCACUUAUAUUGGUUAUCUGCUGACUUGAGAAUAUUCCUUUAGAAGUUGGGGUCAGUUCUCUGGCACAGGCCACUCAGCUAUCAGGCUGAUAUACAAAUAUGGACCCUAUUGAUUGUCUAGCUGCUCAGGAAAUAUGAAAAGAACCAGUACUAUAGUUGAAACAAUCUAAUGAAAACCUGGCUCCUCCCUCUGUCUUCCUGUACCCCCUAGAGACUUGUCCCCAUCACAGAACUGUCCUUUAUGCUGGCUCUGAAGAUAUCAGGUCAUAACUAACCAUAUGCUUUAGAAAAGAUUCCAUGUCUGCAUCACGCCAUUCUGGACCAUGCACCUCUGGUUAUCCUCAAGACACCACCUCCUUUUCCAUUUUCACCAGGAUUUCCAUGGAAACUUGAAGAAAGAGGUUGCCCGGAGAUGCUGUAAAGUUUCAUGGUUUCAGUUAAGGGCUUGAAGUAAUGGAUUUGAAGAUAUCAGAAUGUGUAUUUUAUCCCAAACUUUGGAAAAGACCAACAGCUCCCUUUUCUCCACAGAAAUAUUCUUUCCAGUUGUAGAAGAGCACAAGGAGAUACCUUUGUCCAUUCCCCAAAGCUAAGGAGCCUUUGUGUACCCCAAAAGGAGGCAGGAAGUAAGGAAGGCAAGACCCAAGGGCCAUUUGUAAAUCACAGCACUGCUCGGGAGCUGGGUACACGACUCUCAGUUUUCCUAAGCCCUGAUGUCUGGUGGUGGGAGGGUUAGGGAAUAGGGAAGAUACCAACCUUUAUAUGGAAAUUAUUUUAUAACCAUGCACUUUUGUAACUGUGAAGAAUUUUUCAUAAAUGCACAUUAAUAAUAAAAAGUGUAUAGUUUAAAGAAUUUUUCUAAAGAGUUGUGAAGAGGAAGGAGAGGGAGGGAGGCAGAAAAGGGAAGAUAGAAGGGAGCUAUGCAGAACCAAAAGAAUGUGUGCCAAAAUGUACACGCUAAUGGUCUGUGGGGAGGGAGAAGUUGGGAAUAAUUAGGAGAUGUGCCAGCCAUGGAGGGGCAUGUGUGGGAGGAAAGACACAUCACCGAAGCCUAUUUCUACCAGGCCGGAAAAAAAAAAAAAGAAAAGGACGUGUGCUCCUUUAUGCCCAUACUCCUGUGUGGAGGCAUAUUUUGGUAUCUGAGAUUAAACAAAGCAGAGAGCAUAUGUUUUAGACAUGUUGGUGUUUGCAGUUUGGGUCAUCCAUAAAACAUGCCAAGGCAAGUGGGAGUGCUUGCCUAAUUAGCAUCACUGAGGAGCAUGUGCAAGGAAGACGGCCCAUGCCAACAACAUGGAUAGAAAGAUA